AGGGUGCGGCUUCUUGUUUUCAACAAAUCUUAAGUUGAUUUUGUGAAAAAAAUGUUCUCAAAGUGGUGGGGCUUGUUCAGGCUAUAUUUACGAGAGCUUAACGUAUGUUUAUGAUAGAUAAACACACUAGAGCAUCACUUUUGGUGCGACUAAAGUAAGGUGGACACAAAAUAGAUUACGCUCACGUAAUCAUAGCCGUUGUGUUUUUUUCUUUUAUUUAAUGAAUGGAAUAAUCUGCUGUUUUCAUUGUUCUCGUCCCUUAACAUCUCACGUCUCCAGGAUCACCUCGCUGUCAGCUGGGUGAGGAACGGUUUGUUACUGUAAGCUUGAACGUGAAGACCCUACACGCAAGGUCAGGUACUGUCGAUCAAGUGCACCUUCUACUGAGAACCGAAGUGGUUUUGCUAAACGUUAAAUUGCUUCCCACAAAGGCGUCCUCCACGUUUAUGUCAUGAUUUAUUUAUUUAUUUAUUUAUUGUUUUAUGAAUUAUGCACCUUUUAUUUCCUCGAAGGCAUCGCGUGCGACUCAUCCCGUAUGAAGGGUUGCGCUGUGCGAAAGGGUAGGGUGUGUCUGUGUCGGGAAAAACAACAACAAAAAAUGUUUUGAGUAAUGUAUAGCAAGAUACAAGCUUGGAAACAUACACGGAAGCCUCUUUCACACAGAGUUCCUGCAGUAUCCAAGGUCACCUUUGCCGUUUACAGAACCCCGGAAAAGACAGGAUGUUGCUGCGCUUUCAUACAGCAACAUGACCCCCAUCAAAUAAUUAGGUGAUGUCAGCGUUUGGUGUGAUGUGUAAAAUAGACAAUUGCUUUCAACUCAACAGGGUUGGAGAAGUGAGUGUCAGGUCUCUAGCCCCUUUCACACAGCCUGUAAAAGCAACCUUGUUUCGUGUCACUGUUCUGUAUAAACAGUAUGAACACAGAAUGGUUACAACAAAGGUGACCCGGCAAUUUUCCAGCUUCAAAAGUAGCAUCAAAGCCGUAAUAUAGGCAAGUGUAGCCCGUGUGUAAGGGUAUUUCGCAGUGGCGGGACACGGGUGUGUUGUUUAACAGCUGACACUAACUUCUAGCACCCUGUUGUGUUAAAAGGUAUUGUCGGAGAAUUAUUGUAGGUGCUGUUUUUAUUUAAAAACGCUUGCAAUCGGCAAAGACACAACUUGAGGCGUUUUUGCAGAUCUCUGAAAUGGAAUACUUCUAUCAGCACACCAUGUCCACUGCGUACUCAGUUCAUGAGGGUUUUGACAGUGUUUUUCUUCUCUCCUUUAUAAUUGUGACUUGCAGCCACUCCAUUUAGUCCUUCCCCUUCCCUUUUCGGCUACGUAGCCAAGAUCCACUGCCGCACACUCACCAGUAGCAGAACAAAUUUUAAAAACUCGUUUUUUUGAUACAUCUCAUAUAUAAACCGGCCCUUGUGCACCACGCCAGAGAAUGGUGCCGCCCUCGCCGCCCGCCGAAGACACAUGACUUUCGCUGCAUAAAUACCACUAAUGGCACCAUUUUCGGAUGUCCUGCCCCUGUUAUGGCUCUGACGCUACCUCCAAAGCAGGAAAAUUGCCGGGUCCACGCCCUGUUCUGUGUCCGUGCAAUUCAUACAGAACAGCAACAAAGCUGGGAAAAAGCCAGCUUUUCCAGGCGGUGUGAAAGGGGCGUGUCACAUAAGCUGUUGUGUGUUUGGGAUGAAGGCUGGCUCCACUGUUGUGAAUUCAAGUGCCUCCAGGAAAUGGAAAUCCUCAAUGUAGAUUUGUACAAUUUAGUUUGAUUUGUGGAGUCCUAUCAUCCGUUUUUAAUAAGACAAAAUGCUCUAAUUGAUGUUGAACGUUACCGCUACAGUUAUGGAAAUGACAAUAUGUUAACAAUAUGUGACACUGUGUACUGACUGAACUGUAAAUAUAACAUGUGGUUCCAGUAUAUGGAGGACAUAAUCUACUUUGUCUCCUCUGCUGUGUUUCAGCUUUGCACUGAGGCAUCUCUCUAGUUUGGUGGACUCAAACCCAUGAAGAUUGUCUUUUCUUUUAACACUGACUACUAACUUAUCCCUGAAAAUGUUUGUCUUCAUUACUUCUAAGUAGUAUUGUUCAUUGUAAGAAUGAUUUUCUGCACAAUCGGUCACACGUAAGGAAAUGGGUUCGUUUGAAUUUGUUUCAUGUGUGUGAAUUGUUUAAAGAAGAUAACAGAUAUGGUACUUUUGUCAUGUCAUUUCACGAAUGCUUCGCAAACUAAAUUUGUGUAUUUAAACAAAAACAGCUAUUUGUAGAAACCCAACUGAAAAACAAGUUUGUGAUUUUCAUUUUUUUUUAAAACACAUUUGACUGACUCGUUCCCUCCUGUUUUGUCAUUACUUUUUUGUCUUGUCAGACCUCUUGCAAGUGUACCAAAAAUAAAUAUAAACGCCUGCUGAUUCUUUUUGCUACGCUUAAGUUUUAUUUUGAAAUUUCCCUUCCCCAUGCUUAGGGAAGUCGCAGGUACUUAUAUUUUGAAACCACUUCCGGUCUGCGCUUUGGUUGGUUGUUUCCAACAGACGCUGCCAAUCCCAGACGUGUUUAUGAAGCCGGAGGUUCAAAGUUACGACCGUUGCUGAUUGACGCCCGGCGAGAGACGCACAUUCCCGGACACGAGACUCGACCUUCAACCGAUCCACCCUGGCAAAACCUGCUUUUUGGUAUCUGAAGAGGAAAUAAGCCUUAAAAGUUGUUGCAUGGGGCGUUGUCUCAGGCUGAUGUGGAGCAGAAAUGUUUAACCAAACACGUGGCUCGGUUUCAAAUAUUGUGUAAUGGUUGUAUUUAUUGGUGUUGUAAUGGUAUGAGGAGCCAGUCGAGUCAUGUACUACUUUGGGUAUCUGCUGCAUAGUGUUUUACUUGAAAGUUCCAAAAAGUGGUUUUGUUGGCGUGAAUAUGUUACCAGGCAGGAUUCCUGUGUUAAAAAAAAGCUGUACCAUACUUUCACAACGCAUUCAUUUUGUGUGUUUAGCCAUUUAAUUCAUCGUUUCUAAUUAUUUCACAUUGUUUUCUGAACGUAAAACCAUAAUUAUUCUCUCUAAAAUUUAUUUUUUGUUUAUAUUUUUGGGUGUUUGGAACAGAUUCAUUGGAUUUGCAUUAUUUCCUAUGGGAAAAAAUGGCUUCGGAUUCCGCACAUUCCGGUUUUUGUCUGACCUUUUUGGAAAGAAUUGUACAUAUAAAGGCAUUUGUAUAUAUACUGUAAAUACACCUUUAAUAAAAUGUAAAAAAAAAAAAAAAAAAGAAGAAAAAAAGAGUUAAAAAAUUAAUUGUAAUUCUAAAAAAAAAUAUUUAAAAUAAAUUUUUAUAAAAAAAAAAUAACUUGUACAAAUGAAGGUAGGUGGGUAUAUAGAUGUACCUUAAAUUACAUGUAAAAAAUAAUGUAUUUUAAGGAAAAAUUGAAUUAUACAAAAAAAAACCCAACAAAUUCGUUCUAAACAGUUCUUUUAACAGACCAGAGUUGGCAAGUUUUUUUCCUACCUGACAGUUUGGACUGCCCACUUGCAGUCUUCCUCAGAGAGGUCAUGUGAUCUUCCUGUGACGUGUCAUGUCAGCUGAUUUAUACAGAUGAUGUCGCCGUCUUCCUGCCUGUGAAGGCGGGGCGACAGCGCCAUCCGCCGUCCGACCCCUUUAGGACCACAUACAUACCAGGUGUGAGAGCGUGCAAAGGCCCCCUCGUCCCGGUUUAUGGUUCUGUGGUGAACAACGAAAAAACUACCCAACUCUGGUCCAUUAAAAAAAAAAAAAAACCUGUUUGGAAUGUGUGAAUGUUAGACCAAAUGAACCUCAUUGGACAAAUUACUAAUUCGAUGAAAAAUGAGUAGGGGUGUCAUAAGAUCUCGUGAGAUUAAAAUGUUAUAAGAUUUCUCGUUCAGAAAAACUAUGUCUCGUGGGCCUGGGACGAUAACAAAUUAAUUAAUCACCCGAUAAAUGAAGAUGAACUUGAUCAUUCGAUAUAUUGCCAUGUGCAUGCGUGCCUGUAUUCCUCAUCUCUCGCCUCCAAACAGGCAGGAAGUUCAGGAGUUCACUCUGUGCAUUGUGCAUUGCAUUGUGUUCCAUAAAGCAGCAGCAUGAAGGGAGUGAGCCCUUUUGUCAAUCAUACAGUUUCGGUGGGUGGAGGCGGGGCCGGUAGCAUGCACACAGAAUGCAGAAGAGUGUAAGCGAAUAGAAAUGAAAUUAGUAGAUUGCAAUAUAUUUUCAUAUUUUUUUCAUUGUGCUUUUCUUAAAAGUUCUGUUAAAAAUCUCGUCUCGUUCUCGUAGACCGAAUCUCGUGUAUCGUCUCGACACCCCUAGAAAUGACGUUGCUCUGACGUUGAGCAAAUAAAUGCCAUGGCCACUAUAUGACAAAACAUAAGAUGAUAAUUUAGUUGAAUGAAACCACAACAAAGGUCCAUUUGGAGACAUUUUGGAUGACUAUCCUUGCCAGUGACGACUUUUCUGCUGCACGGCCUAAAUGGAAACAGGGGGUUGCACUUCCAUGAGCACCAGCAGUUCAGCAUUGGUUCAUGCUAAUGGAUCUCUAUAGGCCUGAAUGAGACUAUCAUGUGUAAUCAUUUACCAUAUGUAUACAAUAUAUGUGUGUGGGUGUGGGUGUGUUUGGAUUGUGCCAACACUGUUCUGAUGGAGACUUCCUGUUUCUCCAGUGUUCCAGCACAUUCUUCAGUGAUAAGCUCAUGCCAACACAACACGCAGAUGUCAGCUACGUGCAGACCAAUGUGACAAAUACGCGCGGGGUCGGUCCUUGUAGAUUUCUUCCCACAUAAAUGAUACGGAUUUAAGGUUCCUGCCUUUAUUUGUUACUCCCACAAGCUUCUUAGCAGGGUAAAUCCUACCUACAGUAUAUCCGCUAUCUUUAUUUAUGGUUAUUUAAUGCACAAUUUAUUACUGAGAUAUUGAAUGUCAGCAACGUGAGUGUGAAAAGCCCCCCCCCCGAUACAAGCCAGGACCACACACACACACACACACACUCCCUAGCCUCCCACUUAUGCAUGACAAUGAAAACAAGGACUUUUACGGUAGAAAAAACAGUUCAGACUUGCAGGGAUGACGUCGAACGUGAUUUAUUUUCCUCCGACCUGCACGGAAUCUGCCUCGCUCCCUUUCUGCAAUACUUCCCGUCAGAUAAGCGUCUCAUUAUACGCUAUAUCUUUGUGGCUCUUUGUUGACCAAAUCCAAAUACUUGCUGUCUGUGACGGCUUUCUUUCCAUUGAUAAGUUACCAAUUACAGUGGAACCUCUAAAGCCCUUUUGUUUGUUUUGUUUUGACCCCCCCCCCCAAAGGAAAUAAUAGAAAUAGAAAUAAUCCGCUCCAGGGUCCUAACUGUGACCAUGAUAACACAAGUGUAAAAAGGAGCUCACUGCUUUUACUGUUAUGAUGUGAAAACAAUAAUUUAACUUCACGAAUAAGUUGUGAUGCUAACAUGAGUCCCGUCACACCCUGUUAUUAGCAAAACAAACAAUUGCUCCUGAUGUAAGCAUGCAGUAUCUUUUUGACAUAAAUUUACAAAAAUAUUGUCUUGUUUUGCUUUUUUUUGACAGAUUAUUAUUAAAAUACUAAUCUGAAUGACUAUGGACACUUUGUUGCUAAGUUGCUAAGUCCUGCUCGUGCAAAGAUGUUUUGUUUGAUGGCGGCCAUGUUUUUUCACCAAUCUUGCUCAAAUUUUACACAAACAUGCUCGUCAGUCCCCUGAAGAUGCAUACCUAAUUUCGUAGUGAUUCAGCUCAACGCCCUUAAGUUACAGUGCUUUUUGUACGCGCAUUGAGCCGCGUGACAAAUUUCAGGUCGACUUAGGGGGUUUAAUAACAGCGCCACCAUGUGGUGUGUUUGCCAGGGGAAAAAAAAUGGCGCAGUCAUCACAACAGGAGUGCGUGUUUUGACAAAUUUUCAACCUUUUGACUCCAGCGGUUUAGGAGUAGAAGAGUUGCACCUUUUUUUUUUUCAUGCGACUAUUCGCUCUCUUCAAUGUUGUUUGUUUACUGAAUAGAAGAUUGAUCUUUUUGUGUCGUGUCACGGUUCUGCUAAAAAGUAGAACUUGAGGCUGUGCUGGUAUGCAAGUUCGUGCCACGAGUUUCAUUUUGUGGCUUUGUUUCCUCGGGUGUGGCCUUUGUAUGUGUGGGUUCAUGGGUUUGUGGGCAUUUUUCUUCUGUAGACCAGCCGAAAUGUACCCCAUCAAUAAAAAAGUCCUCACAGUAGAGGUGGGAUGUUAAGAAACAAAGAUAGAAAGACGACAGCCUGACAGAAUUCCUCGUGGUCAGCCAACAGGAACUUGAUGUGGCAAAUAUAUUAAAGAUGGCCGCCAGCGUGCACUGUUUUUACUGCCGAGAGGACCUCGGGGGUAGGAAGUUUGUCCGAAACGAGGGCCGUCCGGUGUGUGUGCGCUGCCACACCAAGUUCUGUGCCAACAACUGCGCCGAAUGCCAUCGACCCAUCUCUGUGGAAUCAAAGGAGCUGAGUCACAAGGGACGAUUCUGGCAUGAGGACUGUUUCCGAUGUGGAAAGUGUUAUAAGCCUCUGGCGAGGGAGCCUUUCACCACCAAGGACGAUCGCAUCCUGUGUGGGAAGUGCUGCUCCAGGGAGGAGGCUCCACGCUGCCACAGCUGCUAUAAACCCAUACUGGCUGGCACAGAAAGUGUGGAGUACAAAGGCAACUCGUUCCACGAUGAGUGCUUCACCUGUUGCCACUGCAAGCGACCAAUGGGAUCACAGAGCUUUGUCUCCAAAGGGAGCGACGUCUACUGCAGCCCCUGCUAUGACAACAAGUUUGCCAAAAUCUGCGUUUCCUGCAAAAAGCCCAUCAUGUCAGGAGGAGUCAACUACCAGGAGCAGCCUUGGCACGGCCACUGUUUUGUGUGCAGCUCCUGCUCCAAACCUCUGGCCGGGUCCAGCUUCACCACCCACCAGGACCACGUCUUCUGUGUCGACUGCUACAAGAACUCGGUGGCUAAGAAAUGCAACGGCUGCCAAAUGGCCAUCACAGGUUUCGGCAAAGGGGUGAACGUGGUGACCUAUGACGGAGGCUCAUGGCAUGAAUAUUGCUUCAACUGUAAGCGAUGCUCCCUCAGUCUGUCCAACAAGCCCUUCGUGACCAAGGGGCACGACAUCCUGUGUCCAGACUGCGACAGCAAUUAGAAAAGAAAAAAAAAAAAAGAACACUCGCUUGCUUAAAACUGUGCCUUUUUUUUACAUUUUAUUUUUAUAUUUCUUUUAAAACUGCACCCUUCCUUAGAUGAUGGGGUUAAGAUGUCUUUAUUUCAAUGCGGACUUUAGUGCAGGGGUCACCAACCCGUCGAUCUUUGGGACUUUGCCGAUCGAUCGCGAGAAUAUUAGAAACAAAAAUGAUUAUUACAUCAGUGCCCUCCCCUCCCGGAGAGUGACCAACAGGCAUGCAUUUUGACCACUGAACACGCCCGUACGCCUUGCCGCUCUCCAGGCACGCAACCCGCCAGCUCCAGCCAGGAGCCCGGUCUCCAAAACCCGACCGGAGGUACCAUGAGCGCACGCACGAACACCGGCUCGCCUUGUGCUCACAGGUUGAGCGACAAGGAGAGAGAGAGUGUGCCCAACAGUAAUUAUUGCACCUUGUGGCUCAAAAUCAGCCAUUUCUUCCUCAAAAUGAAGGAACAAAUAUAAAAACACGCUGCUCAAAGGACUGACUGUUGUGACGCAGCCCCUCUCCCCCCCAACUGCCAUCGCUUCGCUCGCCCACGGCCAAAUAGAUUUGUAGUUUGCUCAGAGAACCGACGCUACAAGCCCGACCCCGACGAAGAUCCACAAAAUUAGUGGUGCCCAAAAUGAAGCGCAGGGCCCAUCCGGGGACCGUGGCUAAUUUGUCAUGGCAUCAGUGCAGAAACAAAAUUAAACAGCCAAAAUUGUAAAAAAAAAAAAAAAAAAAAAUAGCGCAAAAGGCACAAUCAGAAAAAGCUGAACUGUUGACACCAGCAACCAAUAAUAAAGCAAAGCUUUGUAUUUAAAUACAAAGCUUUACAUAUCUAUCUCUUUUUAAUUUACUUCCAAAACCUUUCUACAAAAUCAAUGAAUAAAUAAUUCUUAUUAUUGCGCAGGUUCACAGCCGAGGCCAGAGAUCUUGGGCUCUGAAAGGUUGGUGACCACUGCUUUAGUGUAGCAAGGCGGCCAUUUUUACUGGUGGAAAACCUGAACACGAAACACAAUCCAUUUCAGGAGAUGUUGGGAGAUCCCAUUAAAAAAAUACAAUAAUCCCUGAUAGAGGUCAAACCUUUAUCAUCUUAAAAACAACCUGUAAUAUCAUACAGGGAAUGUUUUGCAUCAAUUUGAGCAGUCACGUAAGUGCAAAAAGAAGUUUGAAUAGCUGUCAUAGUAGUACUGUGGUAAUUAAAAAGUAUUCAAUGCUUUAAUUAAGUUUGUAGUGAACUGCAGUACUACUUCAUCACUCAUACGCUUGUGAAGGGAUGCAUACGCACACCAAAAAAGCCAAAGAAAAAGUACAAACAUUUCAUUUUGUGGUCAAAUUCAGAGUUUUUUGACUGCUAGUCCAGUUUGGAUGUAAUAUUUGAAUCAUUUUGUUUAUGAUUAUGAUGACCUUGUCUUUUUAGUCCACUAAAUGAUGUAAACGUGAUAUGCAGUUGCUUGUCUAAAUAGCACGUGCUAAUGCUAGGUCGUCGUGUCAUUCUGUAACGGAUGCUAAAGUGUUGUCAUAAAGCUAAGUUUGGCUUUGAUUGUUAUAAAAGCAAGGCUUUAAAACUGCUAGAAGUGCGAUUCAGUAU